UUUUAAAAUCUCGAUUGAAAAGCAGAUAGAGUGAAACACAGAAAGAGAGAGAGAAUGAGAUGGAGAUGGAGAUAGAGAGAGAUAAUAUACUAUAAGAGGAGAGGAGUUUCAAGUUUUUACUCAUCUCCAGAAAUUGAAGAGAAAAUUGAUUUGAUUGUUUCUUGUAAGUAAACCCUAAAGAUAUUUUCCUCUUCGUUUUGUUUUCGCGCGCUCUGACUCUCUGCGCGACUGCUUUGCUGUUUUGGUUGAAACUUCGGAGGACAGUGUGACUUGUCUUUUGAGUGCUUGUUAGAGUUCAAAUUUGGGGUUUAAAAGUGAAGAUUCCAUAGUCAAAUCGAUCAGUGAAAAAGCUUGAAUAUCUGCUCUAUUUUGUGCAUGAUUUUGUUGGUCCUAUUGGAUGCAAAAACAAGAGAAUCUGCAAUCUGCAUUGCUUAUCUGGGAUCCAGCAAUUACUCCUUAUUUUUCACCUCUUGGAGCUGUUUCUUUUACUACUUUGACUUACUGAUUGAAGGCUCAAAAAGCAAUUCUAGUCUGUGACAGAUAAUAAGGUCUAGUUUUGGUGCUGUGUCUUUUUCCAUUUUUCCAAAACAGUGUUGGUGAUUCUCUCUGUGAAGUUUUGUAGAAGAGCAACUGAGUUUUUGUCAAAUUUGUGCCAGUGGAAUCAACUUCUUGCUUUUUGAGCCAAAAGGAUAACUAGAUCCUCAAGAUUUCUGGGUACUAUAUGGGGAUCAAGUAGGAAAGGAAAGGAAAGACAACUUGUGUACUAGGUUUGUUUUUUGUGAGUGAUAGUUGUGGAAUUUAAGUGAAAAUGGUGAAAAUGGUCUUUUCAACGAAGGUGUGUCUGCUUCUGUUAUGACUGUAAGGGUAUGGUUUACUUGUCGGUGGUACAUGCGUUUCAAUCCAACAUGGUGGGGGCAAAGCAAUAAUGCAUAAAAUGUUUUUGUGUCUUACGGCUUCUGUAUGACUGUAUGGGAUUGAUGAAUAUCGGCAAUUUGAUAUAUUAAAGGAACUAGGAGAGGUUUUUUAUACAUUUUGCGGUUGUAGUGAUGAGUAGAGAGCAAAGGAGAGGAAAACAAGAGAAAGGCGGCUCCGAUGUCGCCGAGAAGGUCGUAGUUGCAGUUAAGGCAUCCAAGGAGAUUCCUAAGAUUGCCUUGGUGUGGGCUUUGACUCAUGUUGUGCAAGCUGGGGACUGCAUUACUCUGCUUGUUGUUGUACCUUCACAGAGUUCAGGUAGAAAGUUAUGGGGUUUCCCGAGAUUUGCUGGGGACUGUGCCAGUGGUCACCGGAAGUCUCAUUCAGGAGCAACCUCAGAGCAGAAGUGUGAUAUUACAGAUUCUUGCUCCCAGAUGAUCCUUCAGCUUCAUGAUGUUUAUGAUCCAAACAAGAUCAAUGUGAAGAUAAAAAUUGUUUCUGGAUCACCUUGUGGUUCUGUGGCUGCAGAAGCCAAGAGAUCACAAGCCAAUUGGGUUGUAUUAGACAAACAGCUGAAGCAUGAGGAAAAAUGCUGCAUGGAAGAACUACAAUGCAACAUAGUUGUUAUGAAACGUUCCCAGCCAAAGGUUCUUCGCUUGAAUUUGGUUGGAUCACCUAAAAAAGCUGAAAGUGCAGGUCCAUUACCUUCUGAACUAGAUGAAGCUUCUGAUAAACAUACAAAAAAUAAACAUGAUUGUUCAGAUUCCAUUAGAGGACCAGUUGUGACUCCAACAAGUAGUCCAGAGCUAGGGACACCAUUUACUGCUACUGAAGCUGGAACAUCUUCAGUGUCAAGUGAUCCUGGAACCUCGCCAUUUUUUAUCUCAGAAAUGAAUGGAGACCUGAAGAAAGAGGAAUCAUUAAUCAUGAAGAAAAAUAGGGAUGUUGAUGAAUCUAGUUCAGACACAGACAGUGAACAUUUGUCUUCAGCUUCCGCAAGUUUGAGGUUUGAACCAUGGAUAGGAGAAUUCAUUAGUUCUCAAAUUCAAUCCUCACGACACAUGGAAGAUGGAUCACAGAGAAGUGCCAGUAUGGCUCCAGUGUCAACAACUAAAGCUUUGCUAGAGAAGUUUUCAAAACUUGACAGAAAAACUGGGAAUGGAUUGUCUAACUUUAGGACUGAUUUAGAUUUAAGUGGAAAUGUGAGAGAAGCAAUAUCAUUAUCUAGAAAUGCACCUCCUGGCCCCCCUCCUCUGUGUUCAAUAUGUCAACACAAGGCACCAGUGUUUGGAAAACCUCCGAGGUGGUUCAGCUAUGCUGAGUUGGAGCUUGCAACUGGUGGAUUUUCACAAGCAAAUUUCUUGGCAGAGGGUGGGUUUGGAUCUGUUCACAGAGGUGUGUUGCCAGAUGGCCAGGCAGUUGCUGUCAAGCAACACAAAUUGGCUAGUUCACAGGGGGAUCUUGAAUUUUGCUCAGAGGUUGAAGUCCUAAGCUGUGCUCAGCAUCGGAAUGUUGUUAUGCUGAUUGGAUACUGUAUUGAGGACAAAAGGAGGUUGUUGGUUUAUGAAUACAUAUGCAAUGGGUCACUCGAUUCUCAUCUAUAUGGGCGUCAUCAGGAGCCUCUAGAAUGGUCUGCACGCCAGAAGAUUGCUGUGGGAGCUGCUCGAGGCUUACGCUAUCUUCAUGAAGAAUGCCGAGUAGGUUGCAUUGUCCAUCGUGACAUGAGGCCAAACAACAUCCUCAUCACCCAUGAUUUUGAACCACUGGUUGGGGAUUUUGGCCUGGCAAGAUGGCAGCCUGAUGGAGAUACUGGUGUUGAAACAAGAGUGAUUGGAACAUUUGGGUAUUUGGCUCCAGAAUAUGCCCAAAGUGGGCAGAUAACAGAAAAGGCUGAUGUUUAUUCCUUUGGGGUUGUAUUGGUUGAGCUUGUUACAGGACGGAAAGCAGUGGAUCUUAAUCGGCCCAAGGGCCAGCAGUGUCUCACAGAAUGGGCACGCCCUCUGUUGGAGGAAUAUGCCAUAGAUGAACUGAUUGACCCACGGCUAGGAAAUCGCUUUACAGAACAGGAGGUUUACUGCAUGCUUCAUGCAGCAUCAUUAUGUAUAAGGCGGGAUCCUCACUCUAGGCCUCGCAUGUCACAGGUUCUCCGCAUACUAGAAGGUGACAUGCUCAUGGAUGCAAACUACACAUCCACACCUGGUUAUGAUGUGGGAAACCGUAGCGGACGGAUUUGGGCAGAGCAGCAGCAGCAGCACCAACAUUACAGUGGUCCGCUGUCAAAUGAGGCACCAGAAGGGUUCAGUAAGCUGUCUCUGGAGACCCUAAGGCCUGCAUUCUGGGAAAGGGACAAGGCCCGGAGGAUUUCAUGUGAAGAUGAUGAACUGUAAAGCGUUUUGAAAUACAAACUGUAUGCUAUAUAUGUCCCUGGCCCCUUUUUGUGAUUUGCAUUUGGUUUUUGCCUUAAUAUUUUGGUCCAAUGCCAUCUAGAUUUUGCUUUGUAUAGUGGAAGGGAAGUAGGGGGUAGUAGUGUUGUGUAAUUCUUUGGUAAAUGAUAGAAACUCAUAUUAAUUAUCAAUAUGCAAUUUUCCUUUAAAUCAAUGAAGCAGCUUUCGAGGAAUUUAAUGCU